UCUCUUCCAGGUUUCGUCACAUGCUGAAAAUGGCCUUAACUGUGUCAUUGCGUCGCGUAUUGCUCAUGCUGCUGACGGCAACGGUAUUCAUACUAAUGGUUUUAUAUUGGAAUCAAGAUGGCAUAAAACCGCAAGCCUUCAUAGUGGAGAAGUCGAUGAAACGCCGAGCUGAUGUUAACAAGCGACCGCCAAUUCCUGACGAAAAGCUCUGGACAUACAAGUGUGAGAACGAGCGUUGCGUACGACAUUCGUAUCCCACCAAAGAUGGUGGUGGCGUAUCCACCGAUCGUCGCGUACCCUUCUUGACGUGCGCCAUGACUUGCGGCGAAGUCAAUAUUUGGCCGCAUCCAACUAUAAAAACUGCCAUUAGUUCAGUGUCAUUGAAAUUCACCAUGGAAGAUGUGCAACUGCGUAUGGAUACACCGCACAGCGUUGUCGAAACGCAAUUUAAGCAAGCGUUUGCUUAUUUCCUAAGCGAUCUGCGUCGCAUACAACGACUACCCGGUGCAGAUGAAAGCUCAGAAGGCGCGGGCGGCGCCGGCGGCGGCGGCGGUGGUGGCGGUACUGGUGGCCGGGAUUCGGCUACUGAUGCUAAUACUGGCGUGCGGUCUCAAAGUCCGGAGAGACCACAACAGCAGCAACGUCAUAAACGUGCGCGGCGAGACAUAGUUGAUGAUGUUGCUGUCGGUGGUGGCAGUGAGCAGCUGGCGGCAGCUGCAUUCCAUCAUCAGCGCGCGAGGCGACAUGUCGAUAUUGGUCGUUCGUUGGGCAAUAGUUUGGGUGAAAAUAUGGCACCAGCGGCGAUUUUGAGUAAUGUUUUCAACACCCGUCGCCACUGUGACAUUGAUACGCUGCUGGUGCAGGUGGAAGUGCAUAAAUCCGGCGAAAUAAAUCUAAGCUUGGACACCGAUGAGAGUUAUAAGCUUUCCGUUGCACAUGAGCGUCGCACCAUUAACGUCCACAUCACAGCAAACUCAUUCUUUGGCGCCCGACACGCCUUAUCCACGCUACAGCAAUUGAUUUGGUACGACGAUGAAGACAACCUAUUACGCAUUCUAUCAAAGGCCAUUAUUAUUGACACACCAAGAUUUCGCUAUCGCGGCCUUAUGUUGGAUACUUCGCGUCACUAUUUCUCAGUUGAGGCCAUUAAACGUACCAUCGUCGGCAUGUCACAUGCGAAACUUAAUCGCUUUCAUUGGCACAUAACCGAUACGCAAAGUUUUCCUUAUGUGUCCAAAUAUUUCCCAGAGAUGGCGGCUCAUGGCGCCUACUCCGAACAUGAAACCUACACACCUGAGGAUGUGCGCGAUGUGGCGGCAUUUGCCCGACUACAUGGCGUACAGGUGUUGCCUGAAAUCGAUGCGCCUGCGCACGCUGGUAACGGUUGGGAAUGGGGACCGAAACGUGGCCUCGGCGAACUGAGUUUAUGUAUAAAUCAACAGCCUUGGAGUUUCUAUUGUGGUGAACCGCCUUGUGGGCAACUGAAUCCUAAAAAUAAUAACACCUACCUGGUACUGCAGCGCCUCUAUGAGGAGCUAUUGAAUGCUACCGGUCCGACAGAUUAUUUUCACCUUGGCGGCGAUGAGGUGAAUCUAGAGUGCUGGGGACAGUACUUCAAUGACACAGAUUUGCGUGGUUUGUGGUGUGAUUUUAUGCUCAAUGCGUUGGCACGACUGAAAAUAGCCAACAACAAUGUAGAACCACGCGUGGUGAGUGUUUGGUCCAGUGGUCUGACGAACACAAAAUGUCUUCCAAACAGCCGAUUCGCUGUGCAAGUAUGGGGCGGUAGUACGUGGCAGGAGAACUAUGAUCUCAUUGAUAACGGUUUCAAUGUGAUCUUCUCACACGUCGACGCCUGGUACCUAGACUGCGGUUUUGGUAAUUGGCGUUCAACAGGUGAGGGUGCCUGUUCGCCUUAUCGCACUUGGCAGAAUGUCUACAAACACAGACCAUGGGAGCGUAUGCGACUUAAUAAAGCGCAGCGUAAACAGGUAUUGGGCGGCGAAGCUUGUAUGUGGACAGAGCAAACCGAUGAGUAUCAAUUGGAUAAUCGAUUAUGGCCACGUGCUGCUGCGCUAGGCGAAAGACUAUGGAGCGAUCUUGACGAUGAUCGGGAAUUCGAUGUGGUGCCACAGGACGUUUUCAAGCGUAUGUCCGUAUUUCGUAAUCGACUCGUAGAAUUGGGCUUGGAAGCAGAACCAAUAUUCCCAAAAUUCUGUGCACAGCAUCCGGGUGAAUGUAUUUGAUACUAUUUCUAAUCGCUGAAACAGUCUGCAUUUGUACAUAGUAUGUACACGAGUAUGCGCAAGAAAUUUAGAAAUUCUGAUAACUCAGUUUGGAACGAUUUGUGCCUAAACAGUGAGAAAGUUCAUGUUCAUGCCGGAGUUGUCUGAAUUUUAUUUUGUUAAAGUUAUUUGAGAAUUUUUUUUUGUAUUGCUAGGUUAAGAAAAUUAGACAUGUAUACGUAAAAGAUUUGCUGAAUUGUGCCAAGCUAAAUAGUGAACGAGGUUAAAAAAGCAAAAAAGUACAGCAUGUAAAAAUGGCACGAGGCGGCAAUCUAAUUUAUAUUCGAAUAUGUUUAUUUUUUAAAUUUUACUAGUGCAAUUGUUUUUAUUUAACGUACAUAUUUUUAAAUUCAACUAAUUUUGCACAUACAAACACAAAUGUGUAUGAUUUUUUUUUGAUAUUAUGUUUUGCGCAAGUCAUUUGUAUAUACAUACCUAUAUUUACGCACACUCAAUAAUAUACGUAUGUUUGCUUCAUAAGUGUAGAUUACCGAGAACAAGUUAGUUAAAUUAUAUUUUUAUUUGUAAAUAACUGGAAGACAGAAAGCAUGUCCUUUUGAAGUAAUUCCUAGUGAUUUUUCGUAUAUCGUUGAUAUUUUCAAUUAUCAUUUGUUUGCGUUUGUAUGCGCGAUGAUUGUGAUAUCAUUUCAUUGUGCAUGAGAAAGAAAGCUAUAGGCUGCAAUACAAUGUCGAGCGCAAAUAUGGAACACCAACAACUUAUGCGCUCAAAGCCAAAGACACAGAAAAUGUAUUGCGUUUGUUUUAAUUCUAAUAAAAUUAUUGGCUUUGGCACGAACAAAAUUUGCAGAAUAGUGAAACAUAAUUUUAAAGAUGUAAUAGAAAAUAUACAUUAGCAUAAAUUGAAAGGGAAAGCUACUAGUUUUAAGUGAUUUUUAGUGAUACAAUGUGACCUUAUUUGAUAAUGAGAAUGUAAAACAAAAACAUGAAAAAAAUCUUAAAAACCAUUAAACUGGCGGUUUUCGUAUAAAUUAACUAAAUUAAUGUUAUGCAACCUACUUAAGCUAGUUGUAAUUAGUUUGGAGCAGUUAAUUUAAAAUAUUUUUUUUUAUUAGUUUUUAACUAAAAGCUCUCUGCAAGCUAUUAAAAAUAUUGCUGUUUUACUACCUAUUUACUUCAUAGUUAAAGUCGUUAUACAUAAACAUACAUACCUACUCACCAAUUGUCUCUUUGUGAAGCUUCUUUUAUAUUUCAUACCUUUUGGUUUCGAAUUUUAUACUCGAUAUUUAUAAACUAUGCCGGCCAAUGCAUUAACUAAACAAACAAAAGAUUUGCUAAAUAUUUUACUCUUCCAUUGACGCGCUCUUUUGAAUCUCUCUUUCAUGCAAAUGUGUUGCACUUUGCUCUCUACACAUACAAACUUACAUUGCUUGUACACAUUUAUACAUAUGCAAAUGUAAAAACUGAGCAUUUAAUUUAUAAUGUGUUUGUCUGUAUGCCUGUUAAUUAUACAUAUAUCUCUGGGUCUGUAUGCAUGCAGGUUUCGGUAUACAUAUGGAUAAAUACCUACAUGUAUACCAUAAAUAAAAUAGAACAAUAUUCAUUUUAAAAUCAUUUACGUGACUAUACAUUAAUUGCUAAAUAAAUUAGGUACGCUCUCUGUAGCCAUAUGCAUAAUGUACAUUAAAAUUAAUUUAAAAUUUAUAUCAAAAAGUAAGGGCAAAAAUUUACCUACACAAAAUGUUACAAGAUUUGACAUAAAAAAAAUUAUACAUACAUACAUACCUACAUAUAAAAUAAAUAACUUUAAGUACUGAGAAUCGCGUAUACAAAUUAACUCAUGUAAAGUUAGUACGUAUUAAGAUUUAUGUGAAUCGUAUAAUCUUAGGCAGUCAUAAUAUUUAUAGUAAUACAUAAUGUUUUCUUUUUUAAAAAUGAUAUUGUAACGGUAGAAGAUUAAUAAAGUACUUAUUGAAAAUAAU